AUGUCUUUGAUUCUUGUUGACUUUUUGGGGCGUGUUGGAGAAGAUUUACAGUCACCGGCGACUCUUUUUCCGGUUUCCAUGGAUUUAAAUGGUAAAGCUCCAAAAACUGCUGGGGAAAUAGGCUUGAUGGAGAACAAGAAAACACUAAGAGACGUCAUUAUCAAUAUUCCUGGAGAUGAAAAAGACUCGAAAUCCUCAGUCCUUGAUGCUUCAACUGAUCAAAAAAUUAAGCUUUCAGCAGAUUCAUCUCAUAGAGUAUCGAAUGAUUCAUCUUUAAGUGCUCAAAACGCUGGACCAAUGAAUUGCCCUUCACCAGAAAAUCUGAAGAUCAGCUUAAACUCCAAUAAGCCUCCAAAAAUCCCAAAAACUAAGACUCUCGCUAGAAGGACAACUUUUUCAAAUUCAGUUUACUUAAAGUCCAAAUCCAGAUUUGGUGAACAACCUGUGCCUAUUGAUAGUAAUAUGUUUGAAGAAAAUGGAAGAUCUGUGAAAAAUGCAAUUUCUUAUCAGGGUUCGCCUAUUAUGAGAAUUGAUACUAAUAAUUCUAGUACUAAGGAGACUAUUAAGACGGCGUCCAUGAGUUCAAUGACAUCUUUGAAUUCAGUGCGUGGUGACUUGGGAGGUGUCGAUGAGGGUGAAGAGAUAUAUAAGAGAGUGAGCAGUAGGAAGAAGUUGAACUAUAGGAAAGUGAAAGCUAAAGUUUUGAUCGAGUGGGUACUGUUUCUCUGCAUCCUGGGUUUCUUGAUUACUUGCUUAACUGUUAACAAGUUGCAACGUUGGAAGGUUUGGGAGUUGGAGAUUUGGAAAUGGUGUGUACUAGUUUUGGUGACCUUUAAUGGAAUGUCUGUUACAAAAUGGUUGAUUCAUUUUGUUGUCGUGUUGAUUGAGCUAAACUAUUUGCUAAAAAAUAAAGUGUUGUAUUUCAUUUAUGGUCUGAAGAAGAGUGUUCAGGUGUGCAUUUGGCUGAGUUUCUUUCUCAUCACAUGGGUUUUGCUAUUCGAAGAAGGCAUUGCGAGAUCACAUCAGGCAGAACGAAGUUUGCAUUACAUUACUUGGACUAUUGCUUCACUACUCAUUGGUUCAUUCUUGUGGUUCCUGAAGACUUUACUACUAAAGAUUUUGGCAUCUUCGUUUCAUGUUAGCACGUUCUUUGAUAGGAUUCAGGAAUCUAUCUACCAUCAGUACAUUUUAUUCACUCUAUCUGGGCCACCACUUAUGGAGUCAGCUCAGAUGUUGGGUAAGACAAGCAGUAAUUUGAGUCAAUUCAGUUUCCGUGUGACGAAGAAGGCGAAAGGUGAUGGGGAAAAGAAGAAAGAGGUGAUUGAUAUCAACAAACUUCAUCAAAUGAAGCAAGAAAAAGUCUCGGCUUGGACCAUGAAGAUGUUAGUUGAUAUGAUAUCUAAUUCCAGUCUGACCACUCUUACGAGUGCUAUUGAUGAAAAUGUCUACGACGGAGGUAAUGAACAGAUGGAUAAGGAGAUCACAAACGAGGAGGAGGCAAUUGCUGCUGCAUAUCAUAUUUUCAGAAAUGUAGCUCAGCCCGAAUCCACGUACAUUGAUGAACUGGACCUCCAGAGUUUCAUGAUUAAAGAGGAGGUGGAACUUGUAUUCCCAAUUAUUGAUGUGGCCGAGACAGGGCAGAUCGACAUGAAAACUUUGACGGAAUGGGUGGUGAAGGUUUACAAAGGUCGCAAAGCACUAGCUCAUGCUCUGAAUGAUACCAAAACGGCUGUAAAGCAAUUGAACAAGCUCGUUUCAGCGAUCCUGAUUGUUAUUAUGAUAAUAGUGUGGCUUAUCUUGACAGGAAUAGCAACAACCAAAGUUCUCGUCUUUCUCUCAUCACAGUUUGUUCUGGCAGCUUUUAUGUUUGGAAAUACAUGCAAGACUAUAUUUGAAGCUAUUAUCUUCGUGUUUGUAAUGCAUCCUUUUGAUGUUGGCGAUCGUUGUGUAAUUGACGGCGUUCAGAUGAUUGUUGAAGAGAUGAAUAUCUUGACGACAGUCUUUCUAAAAUUUGAUAAUGAGAAAAUGUAUUAUCCAAAUUCUGUUUUGGCUACCAAACCGAUCAGCAAUUUCUAUAGAAGUCCAGAUAUGGGUGAUUCGCUCGAGUUCUCCAUUGAUUUCAAGACACCGCUCGAUAAAAUUGGUGCUCUCAAAGAUAAAAUAAAGAAGUAUUUGGAGAAAAAUCCCCAACAAUGGCAUCGAAAUCACAAUGUCGUCGUGAAGGAGAUUGAAAAUGUGAACAAGAUUAAGAUGGCUCUCUUUUUCAACCAUACUAUCAACUUUCAGGACUUUGCAGAAAAGAGCAGACGCAAAACGGAACUUGUCCUCGAGAUGAAGAAAUUUUUUGAAGAGUUAAAUAUUAGAUAUGAUCUCCUUCCUCAAGAAGUUCAUUUAAUCGAUCCGGGAACAAUGACCAAAGGGACAGGCAGAUGA